AAAUUGUCUUGCCUUGUAAAUCUUCAUUUUAAAUACCUUUAUGGACAUCUAAUUUGGCUUUGUUGGUUCUGAUUUUGUAGUAACUGGUGCCUCCUGCGGUUAUGCCUUCGUUGAAUUUGAAACGGAAAGAGAGAUGCGGCAUGCAUAUGAGGAUGCUCACCAUUCCCUUAUUGAUGAUUCUGAAAUUCUAGUUGAUUAUAACAGACAACAGUUGAUGCCGGGGUGGAUCCCAAGAAGGCUAGGAGGUGGCCUUGGUGGUAAGAAGGAAUCAGGACAGCUUCGCUUUGGUGGACGAGAAAGACCAUUUCGAGCUCCCCUGCGACCAAUCCCCUGGGAUGAUUUGAAAAAACUUGGGAUCCCGCCUCCUCCGGAAGGACGAUACAUGUCACGCUUUCAGGUUGCAUCACCACCUCGAAGAAAAAGGAGCUAUGUGGACAAAGAUGAACAAACUCACAGGCGCCACAGACAUAGUAAACAUUCUGGUCGACAUGAGAGAAGGUCCGCUAGCCGUGAUCCCACUUCCGAUGACUAGCUUGUAUAAACUUGUGAUGUGUAAGCCUUGAUUAAUGGUGUUAUGCAGCAGGGAGGGACGUAGAAUCAUUUUUCAUUUUCUUUUUUGAGGAAAAAAAAAUGCCAAAUAUGACCAAAUACUUUAGCUCAUUUUGCUGAGUUCUGGAUGCAUCAUAUGUAAUUCUAUUUUCAAGUAGAGGGAAAAGAAAAGUGAAGAGAUUUGUGGGGGGAAAACAAAAACACUGAUAUUUUAUUUACAAAUGCUUACAUAAAUCUAAGAUCUAAACACACUCUAAGACCAUCUCUAGUAUAUCUUCUUGUUUCAAA